UCAUUCUUACUUCACUCACAAACUCAUCAAUUCUUGCAAAGCAUCAUAUAUUUACUGUCCUAUUUUUUUUGAUACAAAACUAAAAUGGCGGCCAAGAAUGUGAGUUUGGCUUCAGUGGACCAAAAACUAGCCAUGGCUAAGCGUUGUUCUCAUGAAGGAGUAGUUGCAGGAGCAAAAGCAGCUGUUGUUGCAUCUGUUGCUACUGCCAUUCCAACUUUUGCUUGUGGGAAGAUGCUACCUUGGGCAAGAGCCAAUCUAAAUCCAACUGCUAAAGCUCUUAUUGUCUCCACAGCUGCUGGGAUGACAUAUUUUAUUGUAGCAGACAAGACCAUUCUGAAAACAGCAAGGCAAAACUCCUUCAAACAAGGCUAAGCCUCAACAAUUAAUGAAUCACUAAACCCUUUUAGCACUAAGUAUUAAUAUGAUAUAUUAACAUUACUGUAAUCCCCUAGUUUAAGUACAAUGGGAUUGAUAAGAGACCAGUUAAGUAGAAACCUCUAUUGAUCCCCUGGGGAUAGAUCACAAAAAUAAUAAUAAUGUAAUUUUGUCUAUGUAUUACCAACAAGAACAUCUAUUGUGGUGAAUACAAUGAAGUUAGUUGGCUUUUCUCCAA